AUGACAGCACCUCUACGAAAAUCACACCCACUAUUUAAAAUUGCCAACGGGGCCCUAGUAGAUCUACCCACCCCCGCUAACAUUUCAAUCUUAUGAAACUUCGGAUCUCUCCUAGGAAUAUGCUUAAUAGUACAAAUUGCAACGGGAUUAUUUCUAGCUAUACACUAUACAGCAAAUGUAGACCUAGCCUUUUCUAGGGUCGCCCACAUUUGCCGAGACGUAAACUAUGGCUGACUUCUACGAACAGUACACGCUAACGGGGCCUCAUUUUUCUUCAUUUGUCUUUACAGACACAUUGGACGAGGAAUUUAUUAUGGUUCAUUCUUAUACAUACACACCUGAUCAGUAGGAGUAAUCAUUCUAUUUUUAACCAUAGCAACAGCCUUCCUAGGAUAUGUCUUACCCUGAGGGCAAAUAUCAUUCUGAGGAGCAACCGUUAUUACUAACUUAAUAUCAGCUAUUCCAUUUGUAGGAACAGACCUAGUACAAUGAAUUUGAGGAGGAUUUGCAGUAAGAAAUGCAACUCUUACACGAUUUUUCACAUUCCAUUUCUUAUUCCCAUUUAUUAUUGCAGCCGCAUCUAUAGUCCACAUUUUAUUUCUCCACCAAACAGGGUCUAACAACCCCUUAGGAAUUUCCAGUCAGCUAGAAAAAGUUCCAUUCCACCCAUACUUUUCAUUUAAAGAUAUUGUAGGAUUUGUGGUAACAUUAGCAGCCCUAAUCAUCUUAACCCUACUAGACCCUUAUCUACUAGGAGACCCAGACAAUUUUAUUCCAGCUAAUCCCCUAGUCACCCCCGCACACAUUCAACCCGAAUGAUAUUUCUUAUUCGCGUAUGCGAUUCUACGGUCCAUUCCUAACAAACUAGGCGGAGUUAUUGCACUAGUUAUAUCAGUAGCUAUUUUAUUUAUUCUUCCUUUUACCCACAAAAAUAAAUUUCGAAGACUCGCCUUUUACCCCAUUAGUCAAAUCUUAUUUUGAUCUAUAAUUAGAAUCGUUAUCUUACUGACAUGAAUUGGUGCCCGACCCGUAGAAGACCCAUACAUUUUAACCGGACAAAUUCUCACAGUUCUUUAUUUUUCUUUCUUCAUCAUUAACCCCCUAGCAAUAAUUACAUGAGAUAAACUAAUAGACU